AUGACUAAACGAAUUCCUCUGAAAACUCUGACCGAAGGGGUCGACAUGCCUCUCCUGGGAUUCGGCACCUUCAAGAAGGGCCGCACCUCAGGCGUUACAUACCAGGCGGUUCUGGCAGCUCUAAAUGCAGGGUAUCGACAUGUAGAUGGCGCAUGGUUUUACAACAACGAAGACGAGGUUGGCGGCGCAAUCAGGGACUGGCUAGCGAGCAAUCCAGGCACUUCUCGCUCCGAGCUCUUUAUCACCACCAAAGUGUGGCCACAUCUAUGUGGAUCGGACGCAGACAUCGAAUGGAGUUUAACGGAUUCUUUGCGAAAAUUGGGUUUGGACUACGUGGACUGCUUCCUAGUCCACUGGCCUGUGGCAGCCGAGCGUACCGCUGAUUAUCAGCCGCGCAUUGGGACGGACGGCAAGUACUGUAUUGUGCGGGACCGAACUGAGCAUCCCGAAAAAAUUUGGCCUAUCAUGGAAAAACUUUACCGUCAAGGAAAGACCCGUUCCAUUGGAGUUUCAAAUUGGUCGAUUGCGCAGCUCGAGUCUCUACUAGCUAGCGCCGAAAUCAUCCCCAUGAUCAACCAAGUUGAGAUCCACCCAUAUUUUCCUAAUACCGAACUGGUCGAGUACUGUCUGUCACGGAAGGUCUUACCGAUGGCGUUCUCGCCCCUCGGCUCACAGCACAACAUCCCUGGCACAGACGAAAGACUUCGAGACAAUCUAGAGCUCCAAUCACUAGCGGCCGCUAAGGGGGCCAACGUCGCGCAGGUGCUUAUUGCGUGGGGCCUAAAACGUGGCUACGGGGUGCUUCCGGCCAGUACAAAUCCAGAGCGUAUCCAGGCAAAUCUCUCGCUGAUCGAUCUAACCGACGCUGAUCUCGAGACUAUUUCUCGCGCAACCAAUCGGCGCCAUCGCUUCUGUGAUCUCGAGUACAUCUUCGGAUAUGAUGUAUGGAAAGAGUCCUCUUAG